AAAACAAAAGAUCUUCUAAAAUGUAGUAGAUAAGUUUUAAAAUUAAAAGUUUGAAUGGGAUGAGACAGAGACAGCAAAAUCUACUAGAAGGGAGCUGCCAUGCACGAGUGGAGCAGCAUUCCAGAUUCUCCCUCAAAGAAAUGGAGAUCACCACCAUGUCUGAAGCCAUCCAACUCCACGCCCAAAUUCUGAAAACAGGCAGCACCCACCACAACCACAACCAGAACCUCUCGAAGCUCUUCACCUUCUCCGCUCUCUCCCCCUCCGGCGACCUCUCCUACGCCCGUCUCAUACUAGACUCCUUCCCUACCCCCAACUCUUACCACUACAACACCAUGAUCCGAGCCUACUCUCAAAGCUCCGACCCCAUUCAGGCCCUCCAUCUCUUUCUACCCAUGGUUGCCAAACCGACCCGCCAUGCACCCCGCCCCGACAAGUUCACCUACCCCUUCCUCCUGAAGUCAUGUGCCCGUUUGAGACUGACCCGUGAAGGAAAACAGCUUCAUGGGGUGAUAGUCAAGUCGGGUCUCGGGUUGGAUCGGUAUAUCCAGCACUCGUUGAUUCAUAUGUACUCUUUGGGUGGGGAGUCGGGUCUUGCUUAUAAGGUGUUCGAGAGAAUGUCUGACAGAGAUGUGGUGUCCUGGACUUCAAUGAUUGAUGGGUUUGUUGACGAUGGGAGGCCCGUGGAGGCGAUAAGGUUGUUUGAGAAGAUGGUGGAUGAUGGGGUUGAGGUGAAUGAUGCAACGGUGGUGUCAGUUUUGAGAGCGUGUGCGGAGACAGGGGCGUUGGGCGUAGGGAGGAGAGUGCAUGGGGUUGCUGAGGAUAGAGGGAUUGGUUUGAAGCCUAAUGUUAGUACUGCCCUAAUUGAUAUGUUUGCAAAAUGUGGUUGUAUACAGAGUGCAAGGCGGGUUUUCGAUAACGUUGUGGAUAAAGACGUUUUUGCAUGGACGGCUAUGAUAUCCGGCCUUGCAAGCCAUGGCCAUUGUCAAGAUGCUAUUGAAUUGUUCUGUAAAAUGCAAGAUUUUGGUGUGAAACCUGAUGGGAGGACUAUGACUGCAGUUUUAUCGGCAUGUAGGAAUGCACGUUGGGUUGAGGAUGGUUAUGCGUACAUGACAAGUAUGCAGAAGGAUUAUGGACUUAGGCCUACAAUUCAACACUAUGGAUGCAUGGUAGACCUCCUUGCUAGAGCGGGUCAUUUGAAAGACGCUGAAGAGUUCAUCAGGAAAAUGCCCAUGGAACCUGAUGCAGUUUUGUGCAGAAACAUGAUAUGGGCAUGCAAAGUGCAUAACGAUGCCGAUCGAGCGGAACGCUUGAUAAAAUAUCUUCAACAGCUAAAGACGAAUUCAAAUGAUAGCGGAAGUUUUGUACUUAUUGGCAAUGUGUAUGCAUCAGCAGGCAAAUGGCACGACAAAGCAAAGGUUAGAGAUUUGAUGAAGCAAAAAGGACUAGUAAAGCCACCAGGGUUUAGUAGGAUUGAGGUUGAUGGGGAAAUCCACGAAUUUGCUGUCGGAGAUUCAGGACACCCUGAAGCCGAAACAAUUUACAGAAAGUUGGAAGAAAUAGAAGAUUAUUUGAGAAAAGAAGGGUACAGUCCCAAACUUUCAGAGGUUUUGCUUGAAAUCGACGAUGAGGAGAAAGCUUUUCAAUUGAGUCACCACAGUGAGAAGCUUGCUCUUGCCUUUGGUCUGAUUAGAACACGUCCGGGGUCUGAAAUUCGGAUCGUGAAGAACUUACGGUCUUGUGAGAACUGCCAUGCUGUUAUGAAACUAAUUUCAAAGGUGUACCGACGAGAGAUAAUAAUGAGGGAUCGAAUACGAUUCCACCAUUUCAAGAACGGAGAUUGCUCUUGCAAGGAUUACUGGUAAGCGUCCAAUAUUAAUAGAAAGAUUCAUCUUGAGUGAUCAGUUCUUUUACAUCUUCCAUUUAAAAAGCCUGAAGAAAGCUUUGCUUAUCAUUGGAUAUAUAAACAUCAUAAGAAAAACAACGUACAACAGAUUAUAACACAUCAGGAGAACCAAACAGCUCCAUAAAAUCGGGAAAAAAAAAAGCCUGAAGAAGUUUCAUCUUCUUCGAGUAAUCCUUAACAGAGGAGAAACUAUACCCUGCAUCUCUUGGAACGACUGUUGUAUCUGAAUUUCCUCCUCAAUGGCCCGUUUAAGGUUUCGAAUAUGGCCCUCAAAGUAUCAGAAACCCUAAUCUCAACAACCUCUUUUGUCAAUCCCAUCAAGAACCCUGAGUAGCUCGGCACGCUCAAAGCGCUUAUGCAAGAACAUCAGCAGCAAUCCCAGCUCCUCCAAAUCCAAAUUCAAUACGCAUUUCGGCAGUUGAGUCCGAAUAAGUGGUGGUGAUGAUAACGACAUGGCAUUCUCGGAUUCUUGCUGCGCAAGACAGAGACCAGAGCUUCCUUGUGCCUACAUUUCUUUAACAGCUUGUCAUGCUCAGCCAAUUUCACUUAUUUUUGGCCUCAUUACCAAGUAGUCCCGCUCCGACGGCUUUUCAUGUAUACUAAUUAAUAUACAUGUAUUACAGCAUAAAUGGACUGUUAUCUGCUGUACGGCCAUUUGGCUUGGCUCGAUUAGAUUUUCUGUUGAAAAAUAAAUUUGUAGAGACGCCAUCCGAAACUUGUAGAGCAUCAAGGACAUAAAAAAAAAUGAAUUAACACCCAAAUAGAAGGGUUCAUUGCAUUUUCCCCUUU